CCUCGUUUGAGGUUGUGAGGAAUGAGGACCCAGCAUCCCUGCAUUCCGCAAGCCGCAAGGUUUCUCGUCGUUGUUAGUUGUUUGCCCUGAACCAACCUGUACAGCUACCGCGAUCUCAGCUCCGCAUUGCCAACGGCUUCACCUUUGAAAACACACACUUCAGGAUUGCCGACACAGUACAUCCUUGGCCACACACACACUCACUCACACCAUGGUUCCAUCAUCAUCUGCAGUUCAAGUCUUUUGGUGGACGGCAGCAGCGUUGCUGUCUUCAUCGGCAGUACAGGCCGUUGAAGAGUUCCCCUCGCACAUCUCGCUUCGUGCGGGAGUACUGCAUGCACCUCCAUUUGCAUCUGUCGACAAGGCAGAAGAUGGCACGUACACGUACCGAGGCUUUCAGCCAGACAUGUUGGAGAGUCUCAAGGUCUUUGCGGCCCAAGACAACGUCACACUGGAAUUGGACCUGAGUCCAUCGCCUCCUCAAUACGGAGCUGCCUUGGACUUGGUAGCCAACGACUGCUUGGAAGUGAACGACGACGACAACACGGAAGAGUGCAGCAAGUUUGACCUGAUUGUGGGGGACUACUACUGCAACGCAGAGCGGUCGAUGCGAGUCGACUUUACUCCCUCUUGGUUACGGACAACCAUGUCUACGCUCAAGUUCACAGACAAGAUAGAUCUGAGUCAGGACUUGACCACACUCACUCAGGCAGAACAGGCAAAGGCAACCGUUUGUGUGCCAGACGGUACCUACUUGAUGAAAGUCGUCAUGGCAAAGCACCCUGGUGCAGAGUACAUCAAGUGCCCUUCUCCAGAAGCCUGUUUAGAAGCACUCAAAGCAGAAGAGUGCUGCUUGUACGCCGACGAUGAGUUGCUCCUGCGAUAUCGUGCCGCCUUGGAUCCAUCCCUAGAAGUUACCAGAGAGUCCUUCAAUAGUCAGUUCCUGGUUUGGCCCAUGUCCAACGACUUGUCCCCUAUCGUCUCCAAACUCUUUAAGAAGUGGGUCUAUGCCGCCGUGGCCAAUGCCACUCUGGACAAGCUCUACUAUACCUACUUUCAAAAGGAGCUCUGUCCCGUUGGAACGGCCGGGGAGAACUGCGAAUUGCCCUGUGACCCAGAGCACGGGACAGCCGAUGCCAGAGGUGUCUGUGUGUGCGAGUCGCCCCGAUGGACGGGCGAUGAUUGCUCCAUUGAGAUUCCCGAAAACACCAACAAGAUUCCACCCUCCUUGAAAAUCGGGGCCUAUUGCAUGCUCGGGGCCAAUGUGGCUGUCAUUGUAGGCUGCGCCAUUUGGCUCUACUGCUAUCGAAACACCACACAGGUCACCUACAGUCAACCAUUCUUCCUCCUCCUUGUCCUCCUCGGUUGUCUGAUUUCGAGCUCUACCAUCAUCCCACUGGCCCAGGAAGAUUCACCUACAGAUGACACUGCAGUACCUGCCUGCAUGAUGAUUCCUUGGUUGUACUCGGUUGGGUUCAGCGUCACAUUUGGCUCGCUUUUUGCCAAGAUCUUGAGGGUGUGGCUGAUCUUCUCCCAGGCCGCGCAUCGAAAAUCGGCGGGAGCCAGUAGCAGCUACAAUAGAAGGAAUCCAGUAACGUUCAAAGAGACUCUCUCUGUCAUUGGGGCCGUCCUCAUUGUGGAUGUCGCCAUUCUGGUGGCGUGGACUUUGAUUGAUCCGCUCGCAUGGAAACGGACAGUCAUUCGAGUCGACAACUUCAACUCACCGCUGGAGUCACAUGGCUUUUGCACAAGUGAUUCAUGGAUGAUCUUUGCCUCCAUCAUCGGAACACUUCAUCUAUUGUUGCUGGGUGUUGCUUGUUGGCUGACAUACAUCUCAAGGAAUAUCCCCACCAAGUUUUCGGAAGGCAAGAUUUUGUCGAUUGCCAUGUUCAGCAAUCUCCAAGUCGUCAUAGUGGCAGUCCCCGUCCUCUUGGUACUUGGUGCGGACCCUCAGAGUGCGUUCUUCAUCCGAAGUUGCGUCAUUUGGUUAAACGACCUCGUCGUGGUGACCUUGAUCUUUGGGAACCUCAUGUACAACACACACAUGCGUCCAGCGGAGAAAGAUAGUGAUGACAAUGUACGAGCCGAAAUUGGAAGGGCAGUAUCUCUCUUCCAGUCUCAGGGUGGCAGUAACAGAAAGUUCUCGGUUGCGGGCAAUGCUGCGUCUACUUACCAAAAGUCAGAGGCUCCCCCUUCCCCCUCCAACUCUGGCCCCAACGCUUCCCCGCAAAAGCAAAAACAGAAAACACAACCGCAUAAAAGAUGCUCUCUCAUAUCAUCACUCUCUUUGGGGUCCGCAGAGUCGUACAGCAUGAAAGGUGCCGGGAACAAAGUAACCAAGACAGUCUCCUGGGGAAUGGCUUACUAUUCUGAAGCGGGAGAAGAAGGUAGCUUGGCGGCAUUGUCCUUGGUGAGUGAAAGUGACAGUGAAGAAGAAGACGACGAAGAGUCUCAACUCAAGGUAGACGAAGAAUCUGGCAGUCGGCGAUUUUCGUCGCAGCCAAUCCAAGGAGCCCCAAAGAGGCCACCCCAAAGAGGACGUGGGAGUGAUGAUUCUGAUGGCGAUGACUCUGAAGUCAGUAUUGAAAUUGGUGAUGCGGAUCCAGCCUGCGUUGGCAGGAUGAAGCCUCAUCCCGUACAAGGGCCACCGAAAAUGCCUCCACGGUUGAUGUCGUCCGUGGAGAGCCUUGACUGCAGCUUUGCCGAAGAACCAUCAACAGACCCAAAUGAUAAUGAACAAUCAGCAGCAGGCAACGACGUAGAAGACAUGUCAGCAUGCAAACCCGAAACAAUGGCGGGGUUGCUUACUAGAAUCAGCGCAACCUUUGGCGGCAGAUCUCCUGCUACCAGUGAAGCCGAAGAGCCGACGAGGUGUAAAAACCAAGGAGCUCCCAGAUUGCCACCACGGCGGGGGUCCUUGUUGUGCGAUGACUCUGAAACAGAUCAUAACACGUUGCCGAGGGAAUCCUUGGCCAUGGAAAACCUAUCCGCAAUGGGGUGCCCUGAGAGCCACCAUCAACAUGUUGUCCAUCCUGUAGGGUCGCUGAAGAAUCUCUUGAUGCGCCGUAGUGGCAUUGACAUAUCACCUGGCAUUUGCCAAAAUGAUGCAAAACUGCACAAGGCAGAGGAGGGGCUCCUAUCAGUUGGCGCAGAUACGAGCGAAGAAUCUGCAGAUGAGAUGUGCAUAUCAUGCCACCAGAAGCACGGCUCAUCAUGCCACCACAAGGAAGAGUAUGUGGAAGCUUAGUUCUGCCAGAUUACAUCUCAUGGGUUACUUUAAUUGAGUUGGGAAAUCAUCAACUCGACCUCAGCGUCUACAAAAACCGAUACCGGUAGUGGUGGCGCAAGCUACAGAUCGUCGUCGAAGAACGACAUGGAGGCAAAACAUACUACUUCAUUAUAUAUAUAUAUAUAUACUUAGCUAACAGUUAGCUUCUUGGG